AUGGUCGCAAUCCCAAGAGUGGCGGCAGCUCGUUCGCUGGCUCGACAACUCGCCAGACAGAACUUGCGAGCAUCCGGCAUCGCAUCGGCUCCGCUUCGCAUCGCUGUCGCUUCUACACCGUUGGCUUGCUCCCCCAGCGCAUUCCGCAACCUCAGCGUUUCGACUCGCCGGAGUGCCUCAGCCGCCGCUGCGGUCAAGGCGCCACCAGCGCACGAUGCAGCUGCGCAGUCCGCGCACGAUGGCUCGCAUCAACCCAUGGCCGAGCUCACCGAGGCGGAUCUUGGUCGACUCGUCCGACAGCGAAACGUCGGUAUUUCGGCACACAUCGACAGUGGCAAGACCACACUUACAGAGCGAGUGCUUUUCUACACAGGUAGGAUCAAGGACAUCCACGAGGUCCGAGGACGAGAUGCCGUCGGUGCCAAGAUGGAUCACAUGGAGCUCGAGCGUGAAAAGGGUAUCACAAUCCAGAGCGCCGCCACCUACUGCAGCUGGAAGGCCACCCCACCCACAGAAAAGGCCAGCGUCAGCGGUGAUGCCGCCAACACAGACAGCAAGGAUCUCAUGGCGAAGAAGGAGGACUUCCACAUCAACAUCAUCGACACACCCGGUCACGUAGAUUUUACUAUCGAAGUGGAACGAGCGCUGCGAGUGCUUGACGGUGCCGUCCUUGUUCUUUGCGCCGUGUCGGGCGUGCAGUCCCAAACCAUCACCGUCGACAGGCAGAUGCGACGAUAUUCGGUCCCCCGUGUCAGCUUCAUCAACAAGAUGGAUCGCGCCGGUGCCAACCCAUGGCGCGUCAUCGGUCAGAUCCGCAACAAGCUCAAGAUGCCGGCGGCUGCCGUCCAAAUCCCCAUCGGCGCAGAGGACGACUUCAACGGUGUCAUCGACCUCAUCCGAUGGAAAGCAGUCUAUAACGAGGGUCACAAGGGUAUCGAGAUCCGCGAAACCGACGAGAUCCCAGCCGAAUACCUCGAGCUUGCUAAGGAGAAGCGUGCUGAGCUCAUCGAGCAGCUCGCAGAGGUCGACGAAGAGAUGACUGAGAUCUUUAUCGAGGAGCGCGAACCCACCAUCGAGGAGCUCGCCGCUGCCAUCCGCCGCACCACCAUCCGAUGCCAGUUCUCGCCCGUCUUCCUUGGCUCAGCGAUCAAGAACAAGGGUGUCCAAGCCAUGCUCGACGGCGUCUGCUCCUACCUCCCCAACCCUGCCGAGGUCCCUGCCACAGCCAUGGACAUGAGCACGGCUGCCACAAAGAAGGCCGCUGAGGAGGCCGCACAGGCUGCUGGCGAGGAUGAAGAGGCAGCAGCAGAAGCACGCAGGAAUGCCGCUCCCCCCGUCCUGCCACUUUCUCCCGCCUCCGAGGCACCGUUGGUCGGUCUCGCCUUCAAGCUGGAGGAGGGCAAAUACGGACAACUCACCUACAUGCGCGUCUACCAGGGAACACUCAAACGCGGCAACCUCAUCUUCAACGCACGAACCGGCAAGAAGGUCAAAGUGCCUCGAUUGGUACGAAUGCACUCCAACGAUAUGGAGGAUGUUGAUGAGAUCGGUGCCGGUGAGAUCUGCGCCAUGUUCGGUGUCGAGUGCUCUUCCGGCGACACUUUCACCGACGGUACCACGCAGCUCAGCAUGACCAGCAUGUUCGUCCCCGAACCCGUCAUCUCGCUCGCCAUCACACCCGAAGGCAAGGAGUCUCAGAACUUCUCGCGGGCUCUCAACCGAUUCCAGAAAGAGGAUCCUACAUUCCGCGUUCACGUCGACAAGGAGUCCAACGAGACCAUCAUCUCGGGAAUGGGCGAGCUCCAUCUCGAGAUCUACGUCGAGCGUAUGCGACGAGAGUACAACGUGCCAUGCACUACGGGCAAGCCACGCGUAGCUUUCCGCGAGACCGUCGAGAAGAAGGCGAGCUUUGCCUACACGCACAAGAAGCAGACGGGUGGUGCUGGUCAGUUCGGUCGUGUCAUGGGCUACAUCGAGCCUAUGGAGGUUGAUCCAGAGACCGGUGUGGACACUGCCUUUGACAAUCGUGUUGUCGGUGGCUCCAUUCCCAACGGCUACAUCGCUGCUUGUGAGAAGGGUUUCUACGAUGCACUCGAGAAGGGUGCUCUUUCGGGCCACGCUGUUACUGGUGUCCGCUUUGUGCUCGAGGACGGUGCGGCACACAGUGUCGAUUCGUCCGAACUGGCUUUCCGACUGGCCACCGCCGGAGCCUUCCGCGAGGCUUACCAAAAAGCCAACCCGGUCAUUCUUGAACCGAAGAUGACGGUCGAAGUCGUGGCACCUAUCGAGUUCCAGGGUGCCGUCAUCGGCGCACUCAAUCAGCGCAAGGGUACCAUCUCAGAUACCGAGAUUCGAGAGGACGAGUUCACGCUGACCGCAGAGGUCUCGCUGAACGACAUGUUCGGCUACAGUUCGCAGCUGCGUGGAUUGACACAGGGCAAGGGUGAAUUCUCGAUGGAGUACAAGUGUCAUACACCCGUCAUGAUGAACAUCCAAAAGGAGAUGCAGGAGGCUUACCGCAAGAAGCAGACCGAGAAGAAGUAG